AUGAGAUCUUCUAAAGUGGGGGCGAGCCACGAAGGGCAUGACAUAUUUCGAGAAUGCCUCGCAGGGAUUGAAGAUGGCCCCGACCCAGAUGCUUCUUUCAUCUUUGAUAAGGCUCAUCGACUCUUCAAACAAGCUGUGGUGCUCCAUAAAAGGGCAUUUUCCAAGUCUCGAGCUGAUCUUGCUCGAUGUGAGCCUGAGCUUAAGAGGAUCUUGGAAGAUUUGGACAUUCUUAAAACCCUCUAUGUCAAGAAAGAGGAGGAAAUCAGCGAUCUACGAGCCGAAUUGGCAAAGGCUUGCCAACAACGAACCGAGCUUACAGAAAAGUUUCAACAAAAGGGGGAGCUGGUGGAGCAGCUUCAUGAAGAGCUCAAGAUGAAGGAGGCCGAGACCCUGGGGUGGAGGCAAGGCAUGGACAUUCUUGCCUCCGAGAAAGAAACUCUUUGGGAGCAGCUGGCUUCACUCGAACUUCAACUUCAAAGUGUGAAGGAGGAGAGCCUGGCUCGAGGUCGCGAAAUUGAGGAGCUUAAAGCUGAGUCCGCUGUUGAGCUGGCCAAGGCCAAAUCUGAUGCCGAGGCAAUUAUAUCCUCGUAUCGAGCCGACGCUGAAGCGGAUAAUGCUCGGGCAAAGGAAAUCUCUUCUACGACCGAAGUUAAGUUAUCAAGUGCACUUGACCACGCUAGGCGACAGUCCCGGAGGGUAACCAUCGAGGAGGUACAUUCUCGUGGCUUCGAUCUCUCAGCUGAUAUUGAAAGGGCAAAGAUUUUGGAAGAAGAGGCUGAUGCUCUGCUUUCUGAUGAGGAUGAUUCUGCCAGUAGCUCCGAGAGUGGAGGAGACGAAGAUGAAGUCCCCGAGGGUGAGGCUCUCGAAGAUGCGGCUCCUGAAGAUGCAGUUGCCGAAGAUGUGACCCUGAAGUAG